ACGGACAAUUCACCAAACUCAAAGAAGAAGACAGAAGUAAUAAGAGAAAACAGAUCUGUCUCUCAAUCUUUUGAAGAAAAGAAAAGGGCGAUGGCUCUUAGAAGCUCAAUCUCCAACACAAGAAAAUUCUUCCAAAAAACUAUCGACAACUUCAAAUCAUUCUUCUCCAACAAUGGUACCUAUCAUAAACUACCCAAAACACCUAACAAUACCUCCACUAACAAUCCUCAUCAUCAUUACCCAAACCCCAACAUCAUCACAUCAUCAUCAUCAUCUAUACAAAAGCAGUUUCAACCUAAAGCCAGAGACUAUGUGACCAAAAACAGAGCUUUGACACAACCACCAAGAAGAGGAGAUAGAGACGAGACACUCUUUUCCAAACCGAAGGUUGAGAUUGUUCGUCGAAGGCUGGAAGAGAUGGAGAAGAUGAUGAAUGAUGAUAUAAUAAACGAUGAGGAGCAUGUCUCAGAUGUUAGAGAGUUUCUGCAUUGCUACUCUCGUCUUCGUUGUGCUGCUUACCUCGAUGUGGUUGAGCAAUUUUUCAUGGAGGUCUACUCGGAUUUCUUUAGCACUCAGCCUCUCGAGCACGCCAGAGCGGCCGUUCAAUCACUGCACCCUACGGUGUUUGGAGUUAGAUCCUACGGUGGAGGGUGGUCAGAAACAUUGAUGUAAAAGUUUGUUAUGAUGAUCUCUCCUAUAACUCUCUUCUUUUUUUUUUUGGUUGUUGUCUAUAUACUUUUUUAAGAUCGUAUUUUCUGUUGUGUGGCUGUAUUUUAGUGGGGUUAUUGGGUUUAUGUAUUUUACUGGAUUUGGAACUCCAAACUAAAUAUAGUGUUAUUGGUUA